AUGACAGCUGAAUCAACACAGUUGAAGAAGUUCACAUUGAAUGACUUGCAGAAACACAGCACACGAGACGAUUGUUGGAUAGUUGUCCACCAGAAGGUGUGGGAUAUCACAAGUUUCAUAGACGAGCACCCGGGCGGCCCUGCUGUAAUACUCAAAUACGCUGGAAAAAACGCCACGUCGCUUUACGACGCAGUUCACGCACCAGAUAUCAUCACCGAGGAGCUCCCCAAAGACAAGCUCAUGGGUUUGUUAGAAGACGUCUCGCCAGCGGAUGGCGACAUCCAAGCUGCCCCCGAGCCCAAGCCAGUGCUCAAGUCAGUUCCCAAGCCAGUGGAAGAGUCUGUCGUGGAAGAUGAUGAAAUCCCACCCCUUAGUGGGAUAUUGAGUUGCAAGGACUUUGAAGUAGCAGCCUCAAAGGCCCUCACCCCCAAGACAUGGGCGUUUUACUCGUCAGCCGCCACAGACCUUGUCACUCACCGCCUGAACAAGGAAGUUACGCGCCGCAUUAUGCUUCGCCCGCGUAUUCUGAGAAAUGUUUCUAAUGUUGACAUGAAGACGACAAUUCUGGGCAACCCAGUCUCAGCACCAUUCUUCAUCUCACCAGCUGCCAUGGCGCGACUUGCUCAUCCCGAUGGUGAGCUGGCGCUCAGCCGAGCAUCUUCCAACCAGGGAAUCAUUCAAACAAUUUCCUCCAACGCUUCUUUCCCCAUGCGUACCAUCAUGGGUGUUGCGCCACCUGAGUACCCUUUCUUCUUUCAGCUCUAUGUCAACUCCGAGCGGAAGAAGACGGAGGAGAUUCUGAAGACGGCGAGGAACCUCGGCGUCAAGGCAAUCCUGGUGACGGUGGACGCUCCCGUACCAGGAAAGCGAGAGGCAGACGAGCGAGCUGCGCAAGAGGGCACUGUCCGCUCGGCUAUCAGUGGUGGAGAGAGCAGCAAAGACAAGAAGGGCAGUGGUUUCGGGCGAUUGAUGGCGCAGUACAUUGAUAAGUCCCUGAACUGGGAUGACUUGGCUUGGUUACGCCAGAUGUGCGGCGACAUGAAGAUUGUGCUGAAGGGUGUUCAAACAGCAGAUGAUGUCAAGAUUGCUGCUGAAUAUGGAUGCGAUGCUGUCGUCUUGAGUAACCACGGUGGAAGAUCGCUCGACGGAUCGCAGCCUAGCAUCCUGGUUCUUAUGGAGGUGCGCAGACGGUACCCCCAUCUUCUGGAGAAGUUGGAAGUAUAUGUCGAUGGCGGCUUCGAGCGCGGCUCUGAUAUCCUCAAGGCGCUUGCUCUCGGUGCUAAGGCCGUUGGCAUUGGAAGGCCAUACAUGUAUUCUUUGGUGUACGGCCAAGAAGGUGCAGAGCAUCUUACAGAGAUCUUGAAAGAUGAACUGGAAACAUCAAUGAGACUCGCAGGACUCUCAUCCCUUAGUGAAAUUACUCCACGACUGGUCAACACCAGAGAUGUUGAUCAUCUAGUAGACACGGGAGAGGAUUCAUCCAUUGUCCGAUCCAAGUUGUAG